AAUUGAUUGUAACUGGCCUCGUGCCGCCUCGUGCAUUAAAAGAAGGACAGAGCAUCUUCUCACACUCUCCAAUAUAUAAAAUUAAAGGUUAUAACCCCCAAAAAGAAAAUAUUUGACAUUAACAAAAAUUAUACACAAACCACGUGUUAAUUGUUGUAAUAUAAUCAACAGAAUUUAUUUAAAAAUUCAAUUCAAUAAUACUGAUAAUUAUUAAUCAUUAAAAAUGGCAGUAAGAGUACAAUUUGAAAAUAAUAAUGAAAUUGGCGUGUUUUCAAAACUAACAAAUUCAUAUUGCUUAGUAGCAAUUGGUGGCUCUGAAAAUUUUUACAGUGUAUUUGAAGCUGAAUUGGCUGAAACAAUACCAGUUAUUCAUACAUCAAUUGCUGGAUGUAGAAUCAUUGGUCGUAUGACUGUUGGUAAUAAAAAUGGUUUAUUGGUACCAAUCACAACAACGGACAUUGAACUUCAACACAUAAGAAAUUCACUUCCAGACAAUUGCAAAGUAGAAAGAGUUGAAGAAAGACUUUCAGCACUUGGUAAUGUUAUUGCAUGUAAUGAUUAUGUUGCACUUGUUCAUCCAGAUCUUGACAAGGAAACUGAAGAAAUUCUUGCUGACACAUUAGGAGUUGAAGUAUUCAGACAAACAAUUGCAAGUAAUGUACUUGUUGGUUCAUAUUCUGUUUUAACGAACAAUGGUGGUUUGGUACAUCCAAAAACAUCAAUCCAAGAUCAAGAUGAGUUGUCAUCUCUUCUUCAAGUACCACUUGUGGCUGGCACUGUUAAUCGAGGAAGUGAUGUUAUAGCAGCUGGUAUGGUUGUCAAUGAUUGGGCAAGUUUUUGUGGUAUGGAUACAACUGGUACAGAAUUAUCAGUUAUUGAAAGUGUAUUUAAACUUAAUGAAGCAACUCCAUCAGCCAUCACAUCAACAAUGAGAGCAUCCCUCAUUGAAAGUAUGUCAUAAGAAAUAUUAUGGAAAGAAAAAAAUACAUUUUUAUUCAAAUCUAAAAACCAUUUUUUGUUUUUUUUUUUAAAAAAAACAAAAAAAUAAUUUAUCAUGAUUGUAAUUUGUUUAUUAUCAAUCAUUUUCUUUGUAUUUUUAACUGUCUUUAAUUUUUUUUUUUUUAUCAAUUAAUAUACAUAGUCGUAAUAAAUGAUAAAGUACUGUGUUAUUUUUCGUUAUUAUUUUGUUUUUUUUUAAGUUUAAUAUUAUUCGUUGAAGAACCUGAGUUAAUAAAUAGUGAGCACUAGUAAUUUCAUUUAAAUGAAAAA